CUCAAGGAUCGCUGAAGGCUGUCGCUGCCGUUCUAGAGUGUCAUCUUACCGGCCGCUGCUGGUGCCCAAGAUAUUCAGAUAUGACGCUCUCAGUGCGCUCCGUAUUGUUUCUCGUCGCUCUCGUGGCAUCAUGCACCUUAAGCACAUCCCUAACACCUCAGUCGAUCUUCAGCCCACUCGAUGCCAAUACCAUCGGCGGCGACACCGCGCCGCUCCGGAUACCGACAGUCCACGAGUCGGCCGUGCAAGGCCGGCGCAUCAUGCACCUUACCACCAUCGGCACCCUGAGCACCGUCUUCCCCUCGUCCGAGCCGUCCGCCACGCCACUGGAGAGCCGUCCCGCCGGUCUCGAAGGCGCCCCCAUCGGGCUGAUGGAUUACUUUGCCGACUGCGAGCCCGCCGCAGGCAACCCGACUAUCCUCGCGGUCGACAUCGCGACGAGCUUCAAGAACGCGCGUGCGGGGUCGAACGUGACGCUCUCGAUGCGGUGGGUACCGCCCGAUGCGCAUGUGCGGUCAUACAGCCCUGCUGCGCUGCCGCGGUUCUCGCUCGUGGGGUACCUCGAGGAUCUGUCAGACGAAGAUGUCGAGAAGGGUGGUGUGGCGAGUUGUUUCGUGCGGCACCAUCGGGAUGCGCGGCUCUGGCUGCCCGGGAAUCGCAUCCACGAGUCGCGGUGGGUGAGGCUCGUUGUGAACGGGGUAUAUUGGAUUGGGGGAUUUGGAGAUAGAGCGUAUAUUGGCUGGAUACCCGUAGACGUUUGGAAGAACGUGACGGCGGAGGAAGUGGAGCAGUGUAGGCUUCCGGGCGAGAAAACUGGUGUAUUGUCGACACUUGUUGACUGGCUUGGCCUUAGCUGGGGACUAUGGUGAUUUUUCUGCUCUCGAGGAUGUAUAUCUCUCAUUGACAUGUAUACUAAUCUUGCCAAUGUGUAUUGUCUAUGAUAUUUUUCCAGAUU